UCAAAUAAUACAUCUUAAUGGGUGUAUAUUUUUUUUCAAGUGACUUACCUACUUACACUGGAAAGCAUUUAGAGAAGAAAUUACAUUCUUGUGAAAAACAAUUCAGUCUCCUGCUGUCCAAGGCCUGCUUGGUGAAUGUUUGUUCAACCAAAUUGUGCCAGGUCGCACCAGCAUCAUUUCAACUGUCCCUGUCAAUGCGUGGCAUGUUAGUUGGAGUGCUUGUCAUGCAGCAAGGAGCUGUGGGAGGCAUCCUUAGGGCUCCUCUCUGUAUGCAUAGUUCAGACAGUGGGGGGAGACUGGAGGAGGGGUGGAUGGAUGCACUCUGUGCAGAACAGCUGCGACAGCUGGCAGCCUGUUUCUCCAGUGCCUCAAACGUUGAGCUCUGUCAGGCUUGGUGCUGUGACCACUUUCCCGGGGAGCCUGUUCCAGUAGCCAGCCUCCCUCCAGGUGAAGGACCUUUUCUUGAUAUCUGCUCCAUCUGAGUGAGGAGACCCAGGAGCUCACACCCUUUGUGCGCAUCCUAACUCCUCUGUGGUACAAUUCCUCAUGCGCUCAGGCUCAUUGCAUUUCUGCCUUUACUAUUCUGAAUAUGAGAGGGUGCUAAAUACAGGGUUUGGAUACCUGCAGUGAUUGCUAAUAUGCAUAAAAUAGUGCAGUUACAAAAAAUUGAAUGCUUUAGUGUUCCUCUAUUUUUUAUUUACAUUGAGAGGCUACCACUGUGGUAUUCAGACUAUACGUUUCACUAGCAACAAAACAUUCCCAAGAGGAUGCUAUACAUUUGUGAAUUAAGUGACCAGCUUGCUUUUGACUGUUGAUGAUUUCUUUAAUCCAUAUCCCAGAUCUUCCUUAGCUGAAAAAUGUCAGUAUUGAUCUUUCCUUACAAAGCAUUUUGAGACAUUCAGGCCAAAUAUUUGAGCUAAGCAUAAUUUUGUUCCCUUUCUCUUCUUUUGUUUGUCCUUUCCCAGUUAAUCAGUUAUGCCAUAGAUAUAAGGCUGGACUCUAUCCAAGGGAAGCUUUGGCUGAUAUCUUAAUCCACUGUGUUCUUCAUAGCCUGCAGUAUUUUUGCAUUUGUUGACAUUAUUCAUCUUGUUUGGUUUUGGUCUUGUUUACUUUGAAAGGUAAAAUCUCUGUCCAGGAGAUAACUUAGUUACAAAAAGAAAAAUGUAUGUAUUACUCAUCAUAGAUGUCAGUAACUGAGUCUGUAUCCAUAAUUCUCAUAUAUUGGUGAGCUCUCAAAGCAGGAAAAAUGGAGCUGUAGUGAAAAGUGGGAAAAGGCCAGCAGGUGUUGUUUCUUUUCUUGGUUACUUUUGGCUCAUACAGCAACUGCUGCGCUUUGCAGGAUGAAAAAGAGCUUGGUGCAUUUUCCACUAAAAUUCCACUCCUUUUCUUUCUGCACAGGAGACUCAAAUAGAUCUUGAUGUGUAUCCAAAAUCCUGAAUUAAAGACCAAAUGUUCUGGGAAACAGCGUCUUGGGGAGUUUCUGUGGGUUCUUAUUCCACCAAGUGCUCUUUUGAACAUUCUUGCUGUUGUGCACUUUGUUCUGUGUCUUCACGGGUACUGAAGAAUUUAAGAGGAUAGAGCAAGUUGACGUAAAAAACAUCAGCUAAAGGCAACCUUUCUGUUUUAUUGAUCCCUCUGAGUCUGCUUUCAGUUAAGAACUAUUGGAUUCAUAAAUAUAAUACAAAUUGAUAUGAACAAAUGAUAAGAUAAUGAACGACAUGAUUGAUGAAGUUUAAUAUUUUAAUAUGAUUUAUGAAGUUUAAUUUACAUUAUAUCUUAUUUUCCUGGCAAACCGUUAGGAUGUGAUGAGUGAAGCCUGAAAGCUCAGGUCAUUGCAUUUAAAAAAAAAAACCAAACCAACAAAACCCAAUCCAAUUUAAAUCUUUUCCCCUCCUCACCCUCUGUCCUUAACUCCUUGUCCCCUUUUCUCUUAAACUUCACGUUGUCAGUAGGUGAACACGUUUUCCACCUUCCUUCCACCUCGGACAGGAGCAGCAACACAAAGCAACUUUUCUAGAAAGAAUUAAACCCCUCUUCCUAUGUCUUGCAGUUCAGCCAUCUCAGUGGUCCAGUAACCCAAAGCUGCCUGUGUUCCCUCCCAUCAGCCCCUGAUGCCCUAUAAAAACAUCUCAAAGCCAGACAAACAGAGCAACUCUUCUGGAAGGCUUUGAUCAUGAGUAUUAUCUAUAUUCUUUGCUUCCUCUUGGUCUUCAACUUAUUUUUAUGUGUGCAUGAUUAUUUGUUGAAUAGCCUCAUGGCGAGGAGCAGCUAUAUACAUUUCUACAGCACAGAGCAUGCUUGGAUUUACAAGCAUUUUAUUCUUGAGGUACACAGCAAAAGAAGGGGCAUCCCCAACUGACUAGCAUGGAUUAGAACUUUUACUUGGGGGGUAGGAACUGGCGCUACCUGCUAAAACAUGGAUCAGGCCAUUUUGGACAGUUAGUGAUUUAAUGGCUUUGUUUUCCUUACCAUAAAGGUUCAGGAUACAAAGCCCAACUCAACUCUGUGUUGAGAUUCAGAGCAAAUGUGUGGAUGGAGAUCAAGUCGUAAGGUUUGACCUUUGCCUGUGAUGAGGGUUGAUGCUGGCAGUGCUGCCUAUCAAGGCUGCCAGUUUUAGGAGCGAUAGCAGCUUUCUGGUGGGGGAAAGCCAUUGGUGCCUGUAUUUGCGCACAGAAUAAAGAAAACACUGUCAGAAGAGAUAUAAAUAGGUAGCAAAAGAGGAAAACAACAAAACCUGCACUUCUGUCUUGCCAUCCCAGGUAAGGGGCAGAUCGUUCUGUGCUUUUUCUGUCUAAACUCUUUGGCUGCUGCACAGAAAGUGCUGCCUCUCUGUCAGAAAUUUGGAUUGGGGUGGUAGUUUCUCCAUUUGCAUGUGGGCCAGCUCUUUCUGUUUCUCACUGGGAGUUUGUUCAGCAUCACUUAAAACCACAGAGAUUGUUUAUUCUCGGUUUUAUACCAUCAGAGAGCUGUACUGUACAUGGAUUUGAGGGGCUGGGGGCUUUGUUUUGUCCCUGCAAAAUACAAAUGAAUUCACAAAGGAAAGCAGCCUUCAAAGUUUUCAAUUAGAACUGGAAUAAUGUUGGUGAUACAGGUUUCAGAAGUUGCAGAACCAGAGAACUCCACAAGACUGGUAGGAAAACCACACUCUUAAGAACUUCCAUAUUCAUAUUCCGUAUUCAUAACAGAAAAAAACAGCUGUAACUCAAAGUUUCUAGAACAGGGUUUAUAUUCCGUUGUUAUGAAAUUGUAUAUUCAGAAUAAAAGCUGUGUUUUGUUAUCUUUUGAUUGGCAAAGAACGAUGAAAAAGUAGAACUGAAUAAAUACAUAAAUGAUGGGAUGUUCACUGAUAGUGGACUGAGGGGAUUGUUGGAUCCUUGGCUAAAUAACAAAACACUGAGCAUGCUGCCAACAAAAUGAUAAAAUUUUGGUAUGUUGCUCAGGUCCAUAAAAUUGGCUAAAUAUAAAGUGUUGCCUCUUCAAAAGCUGUAGAAAUUUUAGGGGCAAAUCACAACUGACAUUCUGUUCACAUGUAUUCUACUUCGAUGUGUAUAUCUGCCUGGGUAAGUGUUACUGGCAAAGAAUAUAAUGAUAAAUUCAUGUUAUAAUUUUGCCUGAAAACCAUAGUUUUAGAGAGGAUUUUAUUUAUUUUCCAGCAAAGACUUCAGCGAUGGUUCACAAAAGAAUCAUGUUCUAUUAAAUUUGGAAAACUUAUCUGUGGAGCUGUAUGGCUGGAUUAAUGAGUAACUUCUACUUCAGUUAGUUGAUGUUCCCUUUCAGUGUAGCAUUUAGGUCUCUUUUUCCCUGUACAAACUCUCCAUGUUCUCUCACUCAGUCACAGCAUUCCAGGAUGUGCCUUUCCCACAGUGAGCUGCAGUUCCUGCUGGUAGGGAUCGUCUGUGUUAUGGAGCUUUGUGUUGUGCCAGCUGCUCUUCAGGAAGAUCCUAAGUGUGGGCAGAAACUUCAAGAGAGAAACUCAUGGAGUUACUGUAACCUUUUCACUCGGAUUGUUGGGGGAACCCAGGUGAAACAAGGCUCACAUCCAUGGCAGGUUUCCCUGAAAAGAAGGCAAAAACACUUCUGUGGAGGCACCAUUGUUUCUGCUCAGUGAGUGGUCACUGCAGCUCACUGCAUCUUGGACAGGAUGAACUUACUUCAGGACUUUUUUGUCACUGCACGAGAGCAUGAUUUGAGGCUCAGGGAGAAUGGUAAGCAGACACUGCCUAUUAAAUCUGUCAUGAAGCAUCCAAACUGUGACCCCAGAAGGCCCAUGAACUAUGAAGUUGCCCUUCUGAAGCUGGAUGGAGCCUUCAUUUUCAGUUCAACAGUUUUACCAGCAUGUCUUCCUCACCCAGCUGAAAAGUUUGAAACAGGACUUGUCUGCACUGCUUGUGGUUGGGUUGCUUAGAUGAAAGUAAAUGGACUGCUCCCUCAGGUCUUAUAUGAAGUUGAUCUGCCAAUCCUAAACAAAAAAGAGUGUUCAAAAGCAUUAUCAACUUUAAAGAAAAGCAUUCAAGGUGACACUAUAAUGUGUGCUGGAUUUCCAGAUGGAGGAAAAGGUGCCUGCCAGGGAGACUUAGGAGGCCCCCUUUUGUGUUGACAACAUAAGCACGGUGCCUGGACUCUUGCUGGUGUGAUCUCCUGGGGGAUGGGAUGUGCCCGUGGCUGGAUAAGUAACGAGAAGAAACAUUACAACAGGGGAUCUCCUGGAAUAUUCACAGACCUCAGUGCAGUACUUUCCUGGAUUUUAGAGAACAUGAGUGCUGAUCUGAAAACGAAAAACUCUACAGCAUUUUGUAGUGCUCAGAAUGGCAAACUCCGUGACAGUGAAAGGGAAUUACAUUUUCCUGGAAGUCCCAAACAAUUCUAUGAAAACCAUCAAUUGUAUAUAUGGACUCUAUUUGUGCCAGAAGAGAAUUACAUAUGGCUUGAUUUUUUCCACUUUGAUAUAAAGCCAGAAACAUUCUGUGACUGUAUUUCUUUAUCAGUGUAUUCAAAAGAUGACAGACUCGUGGGGAAAUUCUGUGGAGGAGAUCCUCCAUUACCUAUUUUGUUUGGCUCCAAUAGAAUAAGGUCGAAAUUUGUUUCUGACAGUGAGGAUUAUGGAACCAGUUUUUCCAUGACCUACAAAGCUAUUACACCAGAUAUUCUUCCUGAUUCUGGCUGUGAGUCCCUAGCUGUCUUUUUUGAAGAAGGAGUCUUACAGAGUACAAACUACCCAUAUUACUGCAACAUGACAGACUGUCAAUGGAUUAUUUAUACACCAGAGGAUCAUGUAGUCAAGCUUACCUACCAGUCCUUUGAAGUAGAAGAGAGCAAAGAUUGCUUCUAUGAUGCUGUGACUGCGUAUGAAGAUGUGAGAAAAGAGGAGGAAAUCACCAAGUCUUGUGAAUUUGCCCUACCAGCACUUGUCAUAAGCUCCUCUGCUGAGAUGUUGGUUGUCUUUCACUCUGAUGAACAAGAGACCUUUGGAGGAUUCAGAGCUACGGUCUCUUUUGUUCCUGUAGCAGAUUUAUAUACAUUGAAUUCAACUAGUGAUGAAGAAUCUGGAGUCAUGGAUGUGCAUAUGACUGAAGAAGAAAUACAGGUUACAAGAGAUGAUAUUUGUGGAAUGCUUUCAAAUCAGCCCAAGUUCAUCUUCAGCAGGAUAACUGGAGGUGAAGAAGCUGUACCAUACUCCCAGCCUUGGUAUGUCAGUGUACAAAUUUCAGAUGAGCAUAUCUGUGGAGGAGCAGUUCUUGCCAAAGAAUGGGUCAUCACAGCUGCCCACUGCCUUGAUUCCAAGGAACUCCACAGAGAUUUAUGGAUGGUAGUAACAGGACUUCAUGAUCUUACAGAGCAAGAGUACAGACUAUGUGGUACUAUGUGUUCUGCUUAGUAAUAAAAUAUAAAUCUAUCUUGCAAAAUUGUUUUUAAUGUAAAUACAUCUCUCAUAUUGUUGGUGAUGCGGCAAUGUAACAGCUUGCAGAGUGACCUUAAUCUGCAUUUACACAACAGCUUCUGUGUGUAUCAACAAAUAGUAUCAACACAGAUCUGUGACUUCACCAGUAAUGAGCUCUGAAGAUCAGUAUCCCGGAGGAUGUGGGAUUGAGAAGAGUAUUGUCUGUAUGUUCACUAGUGACUAUCAGCAAGACAGAAUAACUGAGGCACAACUUGCCACUUCACUCACAUCGGACAAAUGUUUUUCCAAGACUUUCUUCCUACACUUGUUGGAUGGAGUUUCCAGUACAUUCCCCGUUCCAUGUCACAGAUGCAUAACCUUGACUUGUUAAUACAAGAAAGCUGGUGUCUUCAGCAGCUGCUUUUAAAUGUAUCCUCCUUGUGAGGAUAUGUAUCUUGCAUAUAAGAUACAUAUAAGAUGUGUAUAAUCACUUAGUUGCUAUUCUGUUUUACUUAAUAGGAACAAGGUGACUUAAAAUACCUUUUAAGUUUUUAUCUGUUUAUUAAUUUAACACAAGAAUUUCAAAUGGAUAUGUUCAGAAAAAUGAAAGGGUGAAGGGAAAUCUACAGGUGAUGUCAGCUAUGCUGAUACUGAAUGCAGUGGUUAUAUGCUGAUAAAUCAAUAUCUCUUAUGAAAAUUCCUUUCAUCUAUUCAGUAGGCUACUAAAUAUUGGUAUUUCAUUGGCUUGUUAGGGGACUUACUGUUUGCUUGAUACUGACCAUUUGUGUUUCUCUUAGUAUGGUUUUACAAGUAGUCUAGUUUGACUUUUGUUUGUUGCAUCUUUUUAGUCUACUUUACAGCGCCAGUGUCUUUUAGCAAUAAUGUGAACUUUUUUGUGAUGCAAAUGAAAUCUGAUUAAAAUAAAUAAAUAAGUACAAAGUUACUUUCAAUGGAGCUCAUGUAAUGGAAUUCUGUUUUAGUUUUUACAGUUUGUAUGGAGACCUCUUUAAUUCUUUACAGUUACAUGAGGCUUUCCCAAACCCUACAGUCAAAAGGUAGGAUACUAGCAGGCUACCUGAGUAGUGAGUCAGGCUCAAGUUCUCUGCAUGUUUAAAAUCUGGAUAUAAGCCUUCUGUUGUUGUGUAAGUAAAAAUAUCUAUAUAUCU